UUGUCUAUACAACAACUCAAAUAUAAACUCGAAUUCUUCUUAAAGAUAUUUUUCAUCUAAAAAGUGAUUUAUCUUUGAGACUAAUUGUAACUACUAUGUCUUAAUACUUCUACUAAUUUAUAGACUUCUGAACAACCAGUAUGGAAUAUGUGUACACUUGAUGAAGAAUAUAUAAUUCUGAAACAAAUGAAACGUUGGCUGAAAAUCGCGCCACUUGCUGAUGAUUUAUUGAAAACUAUGAAGAAUGAUUUACCUCAAGACAUGGAUGCAACAGAACACUUUACUAUUGCUGAUAAUGAAGAAGGCAGAAAGCUUUCAGCAUCUUCUACAUCAGUAGUUGGCAGCCAUGUAAGCCUAGAACUGUUGUAUCCUCACACAAUAGUCAUUGGUAAAUCACCAACUCAUAGAACACCUGAAUCCAAUGAAUUCUGUAAUUCCGCAUUACUGUCAAACCAAACGUCAAUGGAGUCACUGUCCAUUCAUACACUGAGAGAUUACUUAGUAUCUACUGCUACUAAUUUUGAUAAGCUUAACGAAUAUACACUUUUAUCAACAUUAGCAAAUAUUGGCCUUUAUGGAUAUUCGCCAAGAGUUAGUAUAAUUCCAAUGACAAAUUCAAAUAUGGACACUAGUUCAAAAAGCGAGGAUAGCUUCACUUCUAAAGAAUUUAAAAAUAUGAGUACACUGCAUACACAAAACGCAGAGGUCGAAUCCAGUUAUACACUUUUCAAUAAUUCAGUUAAUAAAUUUCAGUCUAAUGCGUUAAAUAAUGAAAAAUAUUCUAUAAAAUCGACCAACCAGUCCAAUGAUGAUAAUAUCGGCAAUCGGUUUAGAAAACUAGAAAGCAAUACUCUGAAAAGUGAAGUAAACGACAUCAGUAAACAAGACGUUUUACUCAGAGAUAUAAAUUCAUAUCAGUUUGAAAUUCCGGAUACAGAAAUUAAAGAGAUAUCAACUCCAAGAAGUGUUCAAAGUAUUCCUGUUACAAUUCCUGAAUACAUCAAUAAUUACUCGGUAAAACAAUCGUGUAAUCGACUUACAACAAGUCAGACAUCUAAAAAACCAGUUUCUUCUGAACAGAGGAAUAAAAAACGUGUCAUGUGUCCCAGUUGUAGAAAGACAUUUUGUGACAAGGGUGCUCUCAAAAUCCACUAUAGCGCAGUUCACUUGAAAGAAAUGCAUAAAUGUACAAUAAAUGGUUGUAACAUGUGGUUUAGUUCAAGAAGAAGUCGAAAUCGUCAUUCUGCAAACCCAAAUCCACGUUUACAUAUGUUAAAUAAUAGUAAAGCAGUAUACAAUGAUGAUUAUAAUAAAUAAACUGAUUGGUAUUGAAGACUGAAAAUUUCAAAACUGAUUUAAACCAGCAUCAUUUAUCGAAGAUGUGACAGCAAACAUUGUUUAUCAGAAAUGAAGAGAAUACAAGGCGGUAAUUUCAAGAAGUAUCCGGUUCUUUUACUCAAAUAAAAACAUAUUUGAACAC